AAGAAUAUAGAAUGUAAUUUUAUUUAUACAUAGGGAAGUCCAGCUAUAUCUCUACCAAUUGAAAUCAAAACUAUACAUGUCAUAAUGAAAAUAAAUUCCUUGUACUAUACAGAAGGGUCAGCGCAUUUGUUUGCGCAGGUGCCAGACGCUUCAUUGUAUUUCAAAUUUCGGUUGUUAUGAAAACAGUCAGGAAGUUUUAUUAAGAACAUUUCGAAAGUUACAAAAAUGACUUUUUCCAACUUAAUCCUCUCUUAUUCGUUUUAUAAAUGGGUCGGCAGUAUCAUUGUUGGUGUAAAGUUGCUUAAAAUAUCGUACUUCAUUCUGUGGAAUAUUUCGUAUCGCAUUCGGGAAUACUUUGAAAUCGGUAUCAUUCGCCCACAUAUUGGUAAAUGGGCAGUAAUUACUGGUGGAACUGAUGGAAUAGGGAAGGCUUAUGCGGAAGAGCUGGCUAAAAGAGGAUUCUCCAUUUGCUUAAUUAGUCGAAAUAUAGAGAAGUUGAACACUGUUAGCAAAGAACUAGAAGGUAACUACAUCAUUGAGACGAAAUCGAUAAAUGUGGAUUUCACGGCUGGUCCUGAAAUAUAUUCAGAAAUUGCAGAAGAACUUUUAAAAUUAGAAGGUGGAAUAGGAGUACUAGUUAAUAAUGUGGGAAUGAGCUAUAAAUACGCCGAAUAUUUCCACGCAGUGCCAGAUGGAUCAAAUUUCAUGAUGAAUUUGAUCAAUUCAAACAUCACAUCCUGCACAAUGAUGAUGAAAAUUGUGCUGCCAUAUAUGGUGAAUAAGAAAGGAAUCAUCAUUAAUAUAUCUUCAUUGUUGGCUGUUUAUCCAAUGCCAUUCUUGUCAACUUAUGCUGCAUGCAAAGUGUAUGUCGAUUAUUUGUCGAAAGCAGUUCAAUAUGAAUAUAAAGACAGUGGAGUUAUUAUACAGAGCGUUCUCCCGGGAUAUGUGGCGACAAAGAUGUCCAACAGAAAACCUAGGUUAGAGGUACCUUCAGCAAAGGAAUUUGUAAGCAGUUCCAUAAAGACAAUUGGAUAUGAAUCGCAUACUUAUGGAUACAUUGUCCACAGGAUGAGGGGUUUCCUCCAUGAAUGGUUGAAGUCCCAUAUGCCCGCAAAUGUAAAUCUUGCUAUUUCUGGUUACAUAAUGCGAAAGAACAGGGACAGCUAUUACAAGAAACAGCAGAAGAAAUCUUUGGUGUUAGAAUAAAGGAAAAUUAUACAUAGUUACUUCAUUUUUGCUUGUUAAAUAUUUUUUUAAAUGUUAAAUGAAAAGUAUUUGUUUUAAAAUAAAGUAUAUGUGCAAGUAGAAAUGAGCUUAUCAAUUAUUGAACUCGUUUGUUGUAUUUUUUUGUUGAUA